GUUACUUAAUAUUUGCAUCUGACCACACUGUGCACAUUUGAGUUGGUGCGGACCGCCCGCUGCUUUUACUAGUACAACGGCCACAAUGCUUUCGGUGCGCGCUUCUCGGCGUGGGGCAGUUUCGUGUGCCACACAACAGCGCUGCGUUCCGCGCGUAUCUACGGUUGUGUUCGCACGGCUAGGAUCGAAAGCGGCUGUGGAGAAGGCCGGGGUCGCGAAAAAAGCCAAGGCCGCUGGCGCAAAGGCCGCUGGCCCUAAGGCCGAGGCAGCCGCGGCGCCGCGUAAAUUUGAAAACCCUGAGGAGUACCGUCUAUGGCCGACCAACAUCUACAUGCCUGCCGUCUACUAUAACGCGGUGCUGGCGGGCGAGCUGCUGUUCUACGCCGCUCUGGCUGAUGCCGCCUUCUCCGGCGAUUGGAGCCGCAUCGGCGUGCUCACGCCAGACCAGGAGGCGCUGGCGGGCACGGCCUUUUAUGUGAUCAUGUCCGCACACGCGGCGGUGGGCGUCAUCACGGCCGCCUACGCGGCACGCGUGCAGUACCCUGUGCUGGACGCCGGCGUGCGGGGCUUCCUGUUCGGCACCCUCGGCCUGUACGACGUGUACGUGCGCGCAAACGACGACUUCUCGCGCAACCCCGCCAACAACUAGGGCCGUGCCACACACGUGACAUGGCCACACGCAGUCGGAGCGCCGUGCAGCAUGCCACCCGCAACGUUAUCCAAAUAACCAAAUCGCCAGUCAACUUGUAACAAGAAUCACAGCAUCUAAGCCGCUGGCUCAGGGCUGAGAGCAGCGUCAUGGCUGGUGGCUACCGCACAGGCUGUGUGUUGCUACUGGUGUGGCCGGUGUGUGCUGCUACUCCUUGCCCGCGGUUGGGAACUUGAUUGGCUCUCCUGUGAUGAUGUUGUGACUGACGCUGUGCGAUUUGGAGUAGAGGUUGACGGCCCGCGCUUGCCGUGCCUCUUUCACCGCAGUGUCCUGUCGGUGGGGAUCACGACGAGCGGGCAGGCAGUCGUUGGGCGGCCGAGUUCACGAACUUGAAAUAAGAGCGGGGGCUUAGGUUUAACCCUUGUAGCUACUUGCUGGCGGCGUGGCCGUGCAUGACGGCUGGUGGCAUGGCGGCAAUGUCUUGUUGUAUUGUAAGAAGAUGCGUGCAAGGGAGGUGUUUUUCAGGUGCACUGGAGCACCCUACCGUGGUGUGUUUUGAGCCAAAGCAUGAAGAGUGAUCAUUAUGCGGUUUUGCCGGAUUGGGACCGGACCUCAACUGUUACGCAUACGUUUGACAAAGCGAAUCUGGUAUGCCCCGGGUGGUAGAGCGUAAUAGUGUAUGCGCGGGGGAGACUGCAUAUGUGUGUGGGGAUGUGGUGGAGUGUGUAUGAAUUAGCUUGCGGCGCCCAUCUGCGUGGCGGGCUACAUGAAUGCGCAAUACCGUAUGCAACAGUUGGGUGCGCAAGACAAUCAUUUCAUGUUAUGUGAGCGGGUGCACCCUCGCCCGGUAGCAAAAGGAUGCAAGGACUGUUGCCAGUGCAGGGGCAGAGCCUGCUGCCGACAAGUGUUUGGCGGACGCACUGUAAGUGCGCUCAUGC